GAAAGGAAAAGCUCUCUUAGCUUUCUCUGUUUUUGGUUAGUUGUUCAUUAAAUUUUAAGUUUUUAACUUAAAAAACAAGAGCUAUGGCUUCAAACAACAAUGGCCGCACGGCAAGUGAGAGCUUCAAAGCUCAAGCUCUUGUUUACAGGCACAUGUAUGGCAUCCUAGACGCCAUGUGUCUCAAGUGGAUCGUUAACUUUCGCAUACCAAACAUAAUCCACAAUCAUGGCAAACCCAUUACUCUUUCAGAAUUGGUUUCAGUUCUGAAAAUUCCAUCGGCUAAAGUUGAUACCACGGAUCUUUUCAUGCGCUACAUGGCACAUAAUGGAUUCUUUGAUAUAGUAACAAUUCAUGGUGACGAUGAUAGCAGCCAAGAAGAAAAUGAAGCAUUUGCUCUCACAGCAGCAUCAGAGCUGUUGAUCAAAGGCACUGAAAACCCUUGUAUAUCUCCGAUGGUAGAGAUGUUUCUCAAUGAUCCAACUCUUUCAAGUUCCAUGCAUCAUCUAAACAAGUGGUUUUAUGACGAAAAUCGCCCUCUAUACGAAAUCACCUUAGGAAAACCUUUGUGGGAGUUUCUUGAUAAGAACCCUACAAACUUGAGCUUGUACAAUGAUGCUAUGGCCAGUGAUUCUCAGAUGAUAAAGUUGGCACUAGAGGAUCACAACAUGGUCUUUGAGGGGUUGGAAACAAUUGUGGAUGUUGGUGGUGGAACUGGAACCACAGCUCAAAUUAUCAGUGAGAAAUUUCCAACACUCAAAUGUAUAGUAUUUGAUCUUCCACAUGUUGUGAAAAAUUUGAAGGGAUGCAACAAUUUGAGCUUUGUUGGUGGAGACAUGUUUGAAUCCAUUCCUAAGGCUGAUGCAAUUCUACUUAAGGUGGUCUUACAUAAUUGGAGUGAGGACAAUUGUGUAAAAAUAUUGAGAAACUGCAAAGAUGCUAUUAAUGCUUCGAGUAAGAAUAAAAAUAAAGGUAAAAUAAUCAUUUUAGAUUCUGUGAUAGAUGAAGAACAAGAUGAGCCUGAAAUUACUCGACUCAAACUUCUUAUGAAUAUAAGCAUGCAUAUUAUUCACGAUGGAAAAGAGAAAACCAAAAAAGAAUGGAAAAAUAUCUUUUAUAAAGCUGGCCUCUAUAAUUACAAAAUAUCUCCAUUUACAGGGUAUUUAUCACUUAUAGAGAUCUAUCCUUAAA